UAUGAGCAAUGAGCAGUCGUCGCGCUAAAAGCUGCCUGCAGGCGUGCCUGUCUCUGUCUGUCGUAUCCAUCAUUGUCUACGCAUUUUAUGUCAACAGGACAUUGUCUCAGCGAGUGGCUGCAUCUGAACGAAAGUCAUCUCAGCACGCCAAGCAUGUCGAGCAGUUGGGAAGUCAAAUGCAAGUUGUCAGUGAGCAUCGAUCCCGUCUUGAACGUCAGACGCGUCGAGACACAGACAUUAUCAACCAACUGAAGAGAGAAUCUGUGGAACGGGAACGGGAACUGCUGGGUCAGCUGCGAGAGCAGAGUGACGAAGCGAGCAGAAAACACGCUUUGCUUAGCAAACAACACACUACACUUCAAAAACAGCACGAGGAAUUAAAGGACAAGUUUCAGAAAAUGGAAGUUUCACAUAACAAACUUUCAGCCACUCACACACAAGCCGUUCAUGACCAUAAUGAACAAUAUUUAAAGUUAAAAGAACAGAAAAGUGAUGAGGUGACGAGAUUGUCUGAUACUCUUAGCAAGGUGACAUCAGAUAAGACAGUUGCUCUCACUGAUUUGCGGAAAUCACAAGAGAAUUUGGCAUUAUUACACUCGAAUCAUCUGAAAUUGAAAGAUGAAAAUAAUAAUUUGAAGAGAGAACAUGUAAGGCUUCAAUCGGCUUACAACAAGAACACAGAACGAUACAGAAAACUGUCAAGUCUGGUGGAGAACUUGAAGGCAACUGUAGAACGGCAAGAGGUCAUUAGAUCAACUAGCUUGGCUGUUAUUGAUAAGAUUAAAAAACAACCUGAACAUGAUGUCAAGCAACAUCAUAAACCACCAACACUCACACAUAGAACAGCAGAUGACAAGCAAGGCAAUGUUGCUCAUUCCGAGCGUCUGACACACAACAAACAACAAGGAUAUCAACGAAACGCAGCUACUACAGACACAAGAGAGGUAAUUCCUGGUGUUCACCAUCAACAGGUAAAGUCAAAGGAUGACGGUACUUUACCUCAGCAACACAAAGAUGUCGAUGAUGAUCACGAAGAGAAACAUGAAACUGCAGUUGAUGCAGAAACAGAGAGAGAAAAAGAUGGUGGAGAUGCAGUGAAUGUAAGAAAUAGCAUUAAAGUGCGUAAAGGUGAUGAGGAGAGUGAGAGUAAAGACGUUGAAGAUGUUGAUGAUAAGAAAGAGGAAGAGCAAGUUACAGUACCUGCAGUAGUUGAGGUGAAAAAAGAGCAAGAUCUUGAUAUCAAUGGAGAAGGUGGUGAAAGGGAGGAAACUGAUGACAACAAUGGCAACGAGAAGGAAGGAAAAGAAGAAGAACAUUCAGACGAAGGAGAUGAAAGACGUACUAAUCAACAGCAAGACAAAACAAAUGAACGUGAGAACGUCGGAAUUGUGGAUAAAGGUGGUGAAGGUGAUGAAGGUGGCGAAGGUGAUGAAAGUGAUGAAGCAGUCAGGGAGGUGAAAAAAGAGCAAGAUCUUGAUAUCAAUGGAGAAGGUGGUGAAAGGGAGGAAACUGAUGACAACAAUGGCAACGAGAAGGAAGGAAAAGAAGAAGAACAUUCAGACGAAGGAGAUGAAAGACGUACUAAUCAACAGCAAGACAAAACAAAUGAACGUGAGAACGUCGGAAUUGUGGAUAAAGGUGGUGAAGGUGAUGAAGGUGGCGAAGGUGAUGAAAGUGAUGAAGCAGUCAGGGUUGAAACAAAGUCACAAAGUGAUGAACGAGAGCAGAACCCGAGACAGCAAUCUGACACUGAGGGGAAAGAGAAGGAGCAGGAUUCUGAUCAACAAUGGGAAGAACAGAUGAGACAUGAAGAGCAAGCAGACCAUGCCAUGUGGCAACAACAACCACCAGACAAGAAACAGACAUAUGAUGAUGAUGAUGGUGAUGGUGUAACGAAAUUUCAUGCUGAUACAACAAAGGAGAGAGAAGACAUUAAUGACAGGAAAGUAGAUCAUGGAGAUACUGAAGAUACGGCAGAGGAGGGACCAGACAUCAAUGGGAGAGAAAUAGACCAUGAAGAUGAAGAUACUGAAGAUCGUUCGAAAGACAAAAAGAGGAACAUAGAUGAAUAUGAAGGUAAACUGUCUCCUUUGAAUGGAAGAGCAGACGACUCACAUGUCACCGAACCAAACAAAUACAGCAAAACAGAAUCUGAAGAAGAUGAAGAUGACGAACAGGAGGAACAAGAUAGAGACGAUACAUCAAAGAAAGGUAAUGUUAUUGUUAUACCACACAACAUGGAUAUGGAUACAAAACGUUUAGAAGAGGAAGAGGAAGAAGCUGCAGGACAGGAAGAAUUUGACAAACAAGAAGAUCCAAAUCAGGAUAUAAAUGAAGACGGAAAAAUAGACAAUCAAAAUGUCAAUCCAGUCAACAGAGAUUCUGAGGCUUUAUAUAACAAGUUUGAAGCAGAGAAACAGCAACAUGAUGGUGAUGGCAACAGAGACAGGGAAGUUGUGACACACGAUGAUCGAUCAUGGGAAGAGAAUCCAGAUGGAGUGGAGAACAAAAUGGAAGGCAAAGAAGAAGAUGAGAAAGACUAUCAAGAAGGGGAAAGACAAGUAGAAGAAGAGGAUGAGGAUGAGGAUGAGGACGAAGACGAGAGAGGACGAGAUGACAACGACCAAAAUGCAGGCGAUGCUAACAAACAUGAGAAUGAUGAAGAGCUGCUGCAAGAUGAUUAUGACGAACGAGAGGCAGGUGGCGAUGUGAAUAAGGAACUGGCAGGAAAUAAUGACAACAAACAUGACAAUGGUGAUUAUGAGGACGAGGCUGACAAUUUGGGCAACGAACAUGAAGAGGAGGAGGAAGAGGAAAUGAAAGAGGAUGAUAAUACUGAUAAUGACAGAAACACCUUUGAUCAGCAAGAAAGACAUAGAGAAAUGUAGUAGACAGUAAAAAUCAAUUCACUUCUUAUCAAGCUUA